AUGAGCGCAGCCAGAAAAUGGCGGAUAUUGAGGAGUUACGGGUAGGCGAAAGUGCAAUGAUAGCUGGCUGCUUCUUUGCGUCUUUGACCUUCAGAAGAUAUUUUGCAGUUUUCGUUUCAUAGUGAUACCUUUUGAGUGGACUCGGUGCCACUGCUUUGGGUUAUAAAUAAUUUUAACAGUAAUGUUCCAUCACUCCGAGAGUUGUUAGCCACCAACUAGCUGCGCUUUUAGCUGAUCAGCUGCUACAAAAACAUUGAAGAUCAGCUUCUAAAUAUCACUCAGACUGCUCUUGUAUCCAUAUUUCACUGCAUGAAUAUGGUUUAUUGUAAUGCCUAACUGAGCUUGACGACUGCUCGCAGCAGAUGCAUUUCGGUCAUAUUUGUUAAGGAUUUUUAAAGAAAAAAGGAUAAACACAUAAGAACAAUCAAGCAUGGAGCAUAUAUUAAAGGAAUAUGGUAUCAAGUUUCCGGGUCUCAGAGCUGCAGGUACUGUUAGGUUUUGCUGGAAGGAAUAAGAGUGGACGCAAGCAUGAACUUUUGCUGAGGGCUUUGCAUUUACUGAGGAGUGAUUGUAGUCCUGCCGUGCACAUCAAAAUAAAGGAACUUUAUCGCCGGAGAUACCCAAGGACAUUUGACGGUCUUGCAGAAUUGGCAGCUCUUAAGUCAAGCAUUAAGUCCUAUUUUCACAUAGGUGAAGAUCUUCAAACCGGCCAUUCAGACCAGGUGCAGCAGCACCCGGUGAGCUGUGAUUCACCUGUCUUUCAUGAAUCGAAGCCAAUGAUGAAUAUGCAGCAGCCCACGCCACUUAUGGCACCCGUCCACCCGGACGUGCAGAUGAAGUCACUUCCAUUUUAUGAUGUGCUGGAUGUCUUGAUUAAACCAUCAAGCUUAGGGGCAAGUACUGCUCAGAGGUUUCAUCAGGAGAAAUACUUCAUAUUUGCUUUGACUCCACAGCAAGUGAGAGAAGUUUGCAUUUCUCGGGACUUUCUUCCAGGUGGCAGAAGGGACUACAUGGUUCAAAUUCAACUACGGUUUUGUCUAGCAGAAACCAGCUGUCCACAAGAGGACAAUUAUCCAAACAGCCUUUGCAUCAAAGUCAAUGGAAAACUGUUUCCUCUCCCUGGCUAUGCACCUCCUCCUAAGAAUGGUGUGGAGCAGAAAAGACCAGGCAGACCGCUAAACAUCACAUCGUUGGUCCGGCUAUCAUCCGCUGUGCCCAAUCAGAUAUCAGUCACAUGGGCACCUGAAAUAGGAAAGACGUACUCCAUGUCUGUUUACUUAGUACGGCAGCUGACCUCCCCACUGUUACUGCAGAGAUUGAGGAUGAAGGGGAUUAGAAACCCUGACCACUCUAGAGCAUUAAUUAAAGAAAAACUCACAGCAGACCCUGACAGCGAAAUCGCCACAACCAGUUUACGAGUCUCACUCAUGUGCCCACUUGGCAAGAUGCGCCUUGCAGUACCGUGUCGAGCUGUCACCUGUUCGCACCUGCAGUGCUUUGACGCUGCUCUCUACCUGCAAAUGAAUGAAAAGAAGCCCACCUGGAUCUGUCCUGUCUGUGACAAGAAAGCCACAUAUGAGAGUCUGAUAAUAGAUGGGCUCUUUAUGGAAAUACUCAACGACUGCACUGAUGUUGAUGAAAUCAAGUUUCAAGAGGAUGGGACUUGGUGUCCAAUGAGACCAAAGAAGGAGGCAUUGAAAGUGUCAUCUCCAUGUAUCGCAAAGAUUGAUUGUGCUGUUCCAGUGCGACAGAGUGCAGUGGUGCAACCCUUAGAACCCAGCAGUACAAAAAAAGCAGACGUGAUUGAUCUGACGUUAGAGAGCUCGUCUGAUGAUGAAGAGGAGAGCGAUCCUCCUCUAAAGAAGCGCUGUCUCUACAUGUCAAAAGCUGAAGAGAUGCACAGCAAAGGGGUUUUGACCUAUCAGCCACCAACGGUUCGAGUGCCGCAUGUCCAGGCACUGGACACCUCAUACCUGACCUCCUCGAUAGCAGAUUACUCUGUUCCAUUCCACCAUUCAACUUUAUCUACUAUUCCCACAGAUAUGCAAAGUCUUGAUUUAUUUUCUCUGAUUCAGGACCCCCAGCAUUACAGGCCCUCCAUAUUUUUAGAUAGCCUUUCAAGCGGUCUUCAGUGUGCCACCACCAGUGCCGGCCUGGUUUCGUCGUCAGCUCAGUAUGAGACAGCGGCUCAUAGCAGCAGCUCUGGUCAUGAAACGGGGGUUAUCACCGGAGGAUCUUCGACCCUUUCAGACAUUAUUUCACUAGACUGAAUAUUUGGCCAGAAAUACUCCAGUCACCAAACCAAUGACAAUUUUAAAAAGGUAGCUAAGCUAUAAUUUUUCUAUAUUGGACUUGGGACUUUAAGAAUCAUUUUGACAAGGACCUAGAAGGACUGCAUUGGAGGAAUAAGACUGGGUCAGCAGGGAUGCUUCCCAAAAUGCAGCCCUGACACACGCUGUUUUUCCCUCAGAUUGGGAAAACUGAUACACAAUAAAGACUCCUUUGGCCUUUGAUCGGAGGAGCAGAGCAAAGCAAACCAGGAAUAAAUGGACUGGACAUGUCAGACUUUAAAUGACGGCGGCUCGAUUGUCUUUGUUGUGUGUUGCGUCUGCGGUUGAAACGCAAGCAGUUGAAAACCAGCUCAGUUUAUGUUUUCCUUUUCAAUUUUAGCAGUGCAAUUAUUAUUUUUUUUGUUACAACUUCAGACUUCAGUUGCCGCAAUAAAACCUAUUUGUUGUUUAUUUUA